CUUUGUGCGGGGCUGCCUUUCCGCCGGCGCGGCCGCGGGGCCUCCGCAGUGGCGUGCGGGCGAUGGAGCGGUGGGCGCGCCCGCGGCUCGGGCUGUGGCUGCUGCUGCUGUUCCUGCCCCCAGUGCCGGGCCGCCAGAAGGAGUCAGGUUCAAGGUGGAAAGUGUUCAUUGAGCAAAUUAACAGGUCUUUGGAGAAUUACGAACCAUGUUCAAGUCAAAACUGCAGCUGCUACCAUGGGGUCAUAGAAGAGGAUCUGACUCCUUUCCGAGGAGGUAUCUCCAGGAAGAUGAUGGCAGAGGUAGUCAGACGGAAACUAGGGACCCACUAUCAGAUCAUUAAGAACAGACUAUACCGAGAAAAUGACUGCAUGUUCCCUUCAAGGUGUAGUGGUGUUGAACACUUUAUUUUGGAAGUUAUUGGGCGCCUCCCUGACAUGGAGAUGGUGAUCAAUGUACGAGAUUAUCCUCAGAUUCCUAAAUGGAUGGAGCCUGCCAUUCCAGUCUUCUCCUUCAGUAAGACAUCAGAGUACCAUGAUAUCAUGUAUCCUGCUUGGACAUUUUGGGAAGGGGGACCCGCUGUUUGGCCAAUUUAUCCUACAGGACUUGGACGGUGGGAUCUCUUCAGAGAAGAUCUGGUAAGGUCAGCAGCACAGUGGCCAUGGAAAAAGAAAAAUUCUACAGCAUAUUUCCGAGGAUCAAGGACAAGUCCAGAACGAGAUCCUCUCAUUCUUCUAUCUCGGAAAAAUCCAAAACUUGUUGAUGCAGAAUACACCAAAAACCAAGCCUGGAAAUCUAUGAAAGAUACCUUGGGGAAGCCAGCUGCUAAGGAUGUCCAUCUUGUGGAUCACUGCAAAUACAAGUAUCUAUUUAAUUUUCGAGGUGUAGCUGCAAGCUUCCGGUUCAAACACCUCUUCCUGUGUGGUUCACUUGUUUUCCAUGUUGGUGAUGAGUGGUUGGAAUUCUUCUAUCCACAACUGAAGCCAUGGGUUCACUAUAUCCCAGUCAAAACAGAUCUCUCCAAUGUCCAGGAGUUGUUGCAUUUUGUAAAAGCAAAUGAUGAUGUGGCUCAAGAAAUUGCUGAAAGGGGAAACCAGUUUAUUAGGAACCACUUGCAGAUGGAAGAUGUCACCUGUUACUGGGAGAGCCUGUUGACAGAAUAUUCUAAAUUCCUGUCCUAUAAUGUAACAAGAAGGAAAGGCUAUGAUCAGAUUAUUCCGAAAAUUUUGAAAACUGAACUCUAGUAAUCAUCAUCAGACCACAGUUCUCUCUGGCAGCAGCUCUCAGAUAGCCUGUGGUGAGAAGCUUACCAUGAAUGUGGCACGAUACCUUGAAUACUUUUAUCAAGCCAAAUACCUGAUUUUCCUUAUCAUGCUGCACCCAGAGCAACUCUCUAGAACGAUCCAAAAUGUGUAUAAUACAGACCUGAAGCAGCUCAAAGCUCUGGCUGAAUAAGGACCAGAAAUCAUAAGAUGUGGGUUUUGAACCCAGUUCUACUUUUUAUUUUCUUAAGACCAAUCACAGCUUGUGCCUCAGACCAUCCAUACAUGUAUGUCCAUCACUGUGAAAUUAACUGUGUCUAUGGGAUGGUACUUUGUCCCAUUAUUUGGAGCAGAAAAUUGAUCAUUUGGAACUAGUACAACUCAUCACCACAAUUCUUUUUUUUUUUUUCAUCACCACAAUUCUGCAGUUAUCCUAGGUUUUAUCUCUGUCACUGUAUUUUAAUGUAGGAAGCCCUAUAGGGUUUGUGAAAAAUUCUUGGGGAUCAUUGCCUGAAAGGUCUAAGGAAGUAGUAGUUGUACAUGCAGUGAUGUGGCAGUUCUCUUUUGUAAAAGCAUAAGCUUUUUGGUACUCAGGAGGUUUCUAUAAUGCCACAUAGAAAGGGGCCAGUUGCAUGAAUAAUUAUUGCAACUGGAUUUCAAGUUCCCCUUUUGUGCCUUCACACACUUGUUUUAUGGUCUCUAUUUAAAAACAAAAACAAAACCUCUUAAUAAAUUUAGGAAGUAGUCUUUACUCUUCAAAAGAACUGUGCAUAAAACACCAACCAGUUCUUCCUUACUCCUUGCACACCCUUAAUAUUUUUCCUCUUUAAAUUGGCAGUAGUCCAUAGCUUCCAGAGUGUGUGGUGACCUCAAGGAGUCUUCACCUCUGAAAUGUUACAUUGGGAGCUUAGACAUCCAGCUUGAGGAUGGAGAAGAUACUUCAGUGCAAAUCCAUGUUGGAGUACCUUCUUUCCACUUUCCAUUUUUUGAAAAACACAUUUGGAUAGUAGCUUAAUUGCUCAGGAUGCUCCCCUAACACAGUCAAAAAUAAAAAAAAUAUUAAAUGAAAACCCAUAGAGUCAGGGGACUCAGAAUCAACUUCAUUCCUUAGGCCCAACUUUCCCACACUGAAAUCAACUCUUCUACUUUGCUUCUUAAGGAACCAUUCAGUAUUAGUUGGUUUCAAAAUUAGUAAAUGUGAGUGAGGUUCAGUCAUAUAAGAUCAGGGAUUUUAUUCCAUUAGUGAGAAAUGUAUUUGGUUUUUUAAACUUCGUUCCACAAAAUUUUAAGGACAGUCAUAGAGGAGUUGGAUAUCCUUGGUAAGAUCAUCGCAUAGAAUAAGGCAGACAUUGAAAGUUAGAUGUUUCUAUGUAUUAAAAAUUCAUGGGGACCAUGUCUUCAGGUGCUAGAAGUCUAGCGAUAAGCAAUCUGGAUUUCUGAGUUGUACUGUAGUUUUGCCUUGUCAGUAUGAGGCCUCAGUAAUGUUAUCUUUCUCUCCGUGUUUUAAUUUUCCUGUCACUAGACUAGAAACAAUUUUCUGUCCUUUGGAUUAGGAGCUGAAACUGCAUUUCCCUGGGAAUUUCCCAUUUUGCUUCAAGUUCCAGCUCAGGUAUCCCAUCUCUGAACGUUUUCUUUCAUUCCUCUAUGCAGGUAGGAGCUAUCAUAAAUAACUUUGCUCAUGCCUGAGUUAUAUAACAUCUCAUUGCACCGCAAGUAUUUGCCUAUUUCUGGUACUGUUCUGUGGGCUUCUUGACAUGUGGGAAUCAUGUUUUACUCAUCUUGAUGUCUCUAUUAUCCAGUACAGUGCCUCGCACAGAGUAGAUACAAAGAAUUAUUGGGAGAAUGGGUGGGUAGAUGGAUGGGUGGAUGGGUGGAUGGGUGGUUGGAUGGAUGGAUGGAUGGAUGGAGGCAGUUGACUUAACUAGAUCCUAUUUACAGAUAGCCUAGCCUAGCCGUUAGCUCCUAAGGGGGACUGGACAAGACUCUAAGAGUUGGAUCAAUGCAGAUUCUUACCUGCUCUUUGAAUAGUCAAUAAGGCUAUCUUUGUAUUAAAUUCAGGAAAUGUUA